GUUCAUUCUAGGGUCCUGUUUGACACGACACACUUUGUCGAACGUAACCACUUCCGCCCCUAACCGGAAGUGUAGCGCACGUGUAAACAGUGGAUAGAGUCACGUUGUACGCCUGUGAAAUGAUAACAUGAAUUAACUUCUUGAAUUCUGAGAUCAUAUGUGCAUCGGAUUUAAAUCAACUGUAACCACAAAAGAAAAGCAAAGAUGGAGAAGAAAGAACAGAAGCGGCACCAGCACAAGCACAGUGGACCCAAAGCACAGAAGAAGAACAGAAAGAAGGAGCAGGGCACUGAACAAGAGCAGGAUGAGCGCAAGAGGAACCCACGAGCGUUUAGCGUCCAGUCAGCUGUGCGCAUGGCAAAAACCUUCCAUAGGGCUCAGGAUAUUAAAACAAAGAAACAUCACAUUCCUCUGGUAGACCGGACCCCUCUGGAGCCUCCACCUGUUGUUGUAGUGGUGAUGGGACCUCCAAAAGUGGGCAAAAGCACCCUCAUUCGAUGCCUGAUCAAAAACUAUACACGGCAGAAGCUUUCUGACAUCUGUGGACCUGUGACCAUAGUUUCUGGAAAGAAACGCCGCCUGACCUUGAUUGAGUGCAACAAUGACAUCAACAGCAUGAUUGAUUUGGCAAAGGUUGCUGAUUUGGUUCUGAUGCUGAUAGAUGCAAGUUUUGGCUUUGAAAUGGAGACCUUUGAGUUCCUGAACAUUUGCCAAGUUCAUGGCUUCCCUCGAGUCAUGGGGGUCCUCACACAUCUGGACACUUUUAAGAACAACAAGACGCUCAGCAAAACAAAGAAACGCCUCAAACACCGCUUCUGGACUGAAGUUUACCAGGGUGCCAAGCUCUUUUACCUGUCUGGAAUGGUGUAUGGAGAGUACCAGACACAGGAAGUUAAGAAUCUUGGGCGGUUCAUCUCAGUCAUGAAGUUCAGACCUCUUGUUUGGCGGACCUCUCACCCAUAUGUGGUGGCUGACCGUAUGCAAGAUCUUACUGAUCCUGAGGCUAUUAGGUUAAAUCCCAAAUGUGACAGAACCGUCUCUCUGUACGGCUACCUACGUGGGACAUUCUUGAAGAAUAAAUGCCAGGUCCACAUUCCUGGUGUGGGUGACUUCUCUGUGUCGGAUGUUAGCUUCCUCCCGGACCCCUGCCCUCUUCCGGAGGUGAUUAAGAAGAGAGCGUUGAAUGUAAAGGAACGGUUAUUGUACGCCCCCCUGGCUGGCGUAGGGGGAUUGGUGUAUGAUAAGGACGCAGUCUACAUCGAUAUGCCCAGCGGACAUGCCAGCCGGCAGCAGGAGGAGGUGCGGCCCACCACUGAACUCGUUCAGUCUCUUAUUGGCACACAAGCCACUUUGGAUGCAAAAAUGGCUGCCAGCAAAGUCUCACUGUUCACAGGAACUGCUGCACUGACACCAGAGGAGGUGCAGGAAAAUGAGAAACAGAACCCUAUGGAAAGCCGAGAAUGGGAUGAGAAUGCACAGAGAGAGAGGAGGAGAGCUGUUUUUGCUGAUGAAGAUGAAAAAGAUGAUGAUGAGGAAGAAGAGAGUGAUGAAGCGGAGGAGGAAGAAGAGGAGGAAGAAGAUGAGGAUGAAGAGGGGCUGACAACACUAAAAAAGGUAGAUGAGAAAGCAGAUGAGACGGCAGCACCUCCUGUGAAGAAACAGAAGAUUAAGGAACCCAUGGAGAUGCCUGCAUUUGCUGAUAGUGAUGAUGAGCUGGAAAAGAGUGAAGGAGAGGAAAGUGAAGAGGAGGAGGAGGUGGCGGAGGAAGAAGAGGAGGAUUCUAAUGAUGAAGAAGAGUUGGGCGGUUUAUUUAAAGUCAGUCGACCAGAGAGAAGUAAGAAAGUACGAGCAGAUGCAAUGGACUGCUCUCGCUUUCAGCCAGACAGCAGCCAUGACUGGGAUCAGGAGGAGAUGCUAGCCUCUAUCAGGGACUGUUUUGUGACUGGAAAAUGGGAAGAGGAUAAAGAUGCUGCAACACUGCUUAAGGAAAAUGACGAACUGUAUGGAGAUUUUGAAGAUUUGCAAACAGGAGAAGUUCACAAAGCAAAGACUGGGAAUAAAGACAAAGCUGAGGAAGGGAAUGAUGAUGAAAUAAAGGGUGAUGGUGGUGAUGAUGAUGAUGAAGAGGAGGAGGCUCCUCAAGUGAAACUUGACGAUGAUGAAGUUCAAAAGAACAAGCGUUUGGAGAAGAAGAGGCGGCUGAAGGAGAGGUUCGAUGCACAAUAUGAUGAUGGCGACGCCACAUACUUUGAUGACCUGAAGGAGGAGAUGCAGAAACAGGCUGAGUUGAACAGGCAAGAGUUUGAAGACGUGGAUGAUGAAGUCCGUGUUCAGUACGAGGGCUUCAGGCCAGGCAUGUAUGUUCGUGUGGAGAUCCCUGCUUUACCUUGUGAGUUCGUCACCAACUUUGACCCCCACUAUCCCAUCGUUCUUGGUGGAUUGGGCCCCAGUGAGGGCAAUGUUGGCUACUUGCAGAUGCGUCUGAAGAAACACCGCUGGCACAGUCGUAUCUUGAAAACCCGUGAUCCUCUCAUCCUGUCUUUGGGCUGGAGGCGCUUUCAGACCAUUCCCCUCUACUACAUCGAGGACCAUAACGGACGUCACCGCCUGCUCAAAUACACACCUGAACACAUGCACUGUGGUGCCACCAUCUGGGGACCUAUAACACCCCAGGGUACAGGCUUCCUGGCUGUGCAGACGGUCGGAGGUAUUAAGGCCAAUUUCCGCAUCGCUGCCACAGGAGUGGUUCUGGACCUGGACAAAUCAGUUACAAUUGUGAAGAAGCUCAAACUGAUUGGAUACCCUUAUAAAAUCUUUAAGAACACCUGCUUUAUCCAGGGAAUGUUUAACACCGUCUUGGAGGUUGCGAAGUUUGAGGGAGCGUCCAUCCGCACAGUCAGUGGCAUUAAAGGGCAGAUAAAGAAAGCCUUGCGCACCCCGCUGGGCGCCUUCAGAGCCACGUUUGAGGACAGACUACUUAUGAGUGAUAUUGUGUUCCUGCGCUCCUGGUAUCCGGUCUUGGUUCCUCAGCUGUAUAAUCCAGUGACGUCUCUGCUGAUGCCGGUUGGACAGAAGGACACAUGGGCAGGCAUGAGGACCCUCGGACACCUUAAACAUGACCUGGGUAUCCGCAACAAACCCAACCAGGACUCACUGUACAAGCCGGUUGUGAGGCAAGUUCGACACUUCAACACCCUCCACAUUCCCAAAGAGCUGCAAAAGGCCCUCCCCUUCAAGAACAAACCCAAACAGAUGCAGGCCAAAGGCAAAACCCCGCGGGACCUGCAGAGACCGGCUGUCGUACGAGAGCCCCACGAGAAAAAGGUGGCAGCAUUGCUUGAUGCUCUGAGCUCAGUCUACGCAUACAAGAACAAGAAGGCGAAAGCAGAACAGCACGCCAAGCACAAAGAAUUCCUGAAGCAGAAAGAAAAACAGGAUGCAGAAAGGCAGAAGAGGCUGAAAGAGGAGAGAAAGAAGACCUACCGUGCAAUGGGACAGAAAGAGAAGAAGAAACUCAAAUCCAGCCUGAAGGGAGCAUCCAAGGACAAUUGAGUCUACCUCACACCUGAUUCUGUUAGACUGUGACACCAGGCCCAUUGGAUCAGGGUCUGUUACGCUCUUGGUUAGACUGUUUGAAAUGUGCCAUAAUUCGAUUCCCACACCGGCUGCUGUUACUGAGCUGGCUCAAGAGUCGAGAUAAUGAUACUGCAGGAGACCCGAUGGGUUUUGCUGAAGUCUUUAAAA